AUGGGCGUGUGUUGGGGUGCGGUGGUGCGGGUGCUGUUGCUGCAGGCGGGGUGGGCGUUGGGCGUCGGGCAGGUGCGGUACUCGGUGCCGGAGGAAGCGAAGGCCGGGACGGUGGUGGGCCGGCUGGCGCAGGACCUGGGCCUGGAGGCGGGCGAGGCGGAGGCUUGGCGGCUGCGGCUGGUGGCGCAGGGCCGGCGGGCGAGCGUGGAGGUGAGCGGGGCGAGCGGGGCGCUGGUGGUGAGCUCGCGGCUGGACCGGGAGGAGCUGUGCGGGAAGAGCGCGCCGUGCGCCCUGCGGCUGGAGGUGCUGGUGGAGCGGCCGCUGCGCGUCUUCCACGUGGAGCUGGAGGUCACCGACAUCAACGACAACGCCCCGCUCUUCCCCGCCGCCCGGAAAAACCAGUUUACGGAGAACUCCCCUCCCGGCUCUCGGUUCCCGCUGGAGGGCGCGUCGGAUGCAGACAUCGGAGCCAACGCGCAGCUCUCCUAUACACUCAGCCCCAGCGACCACUUCUCUCUGGAUCUGCGGAAAACCGAGGAAGACGAUGAGUCCUUAUUCCUGGUGCUCGCGAAAUCUCUGGACCGCGAGACGAUGCCUGUGCACCGGUUGGUGUUGACGGCGAGUGACGGGGGCCGGCCGUCGCUGACGGGCACGAUGGAGCUGGUGAUCUCGGUGCUGGAUGCCAACGACAACGCGCCCCAGUUCAACCAGUCGGUGUAUAAAGUGCAGCUGCCGGAAAAUACGGAACGCGGCACUUUAGUGAUCAGACUAAACGCCACGGAUCUGGAUGAGGGGACGAACAGGAAUAUCUCGUAUUCUCUCCAGAAGGUGUUCCCGCAGGAUGGAGGAGACGUUUUCGAGCUCGACAGAAACAGCGGAGAGAUCCGUCUUAGGGGUGACUUAGACUUUGAGGUUGUUGGUCUCUAUCGCCUGCAAGUGGAUGCAGCGGAUCAGGGCAACCCACCGCUGUCGGGUCACUGCAAGGUGGUGGUGGAGGUGGUGGACGUGAACGACAACGCGCCGGAGGUGUGGGUGACGUCGCUGUCGGUGCCGGUGCCGGAGGACGCGUCGGUGGGGACGGUGGUGGCGCUGCUGAGCGUGUCGGACCGGGACUCGGGGGCGAACGGGCGGGUGCGGUGCGCGGUGUGGCCGCCGGCGCCGUUCGGGCUGGUGGCGAGGUUCGCGGGCUCGUACUCGCUGGUGCUGCGGGAGGCGCUGGACCGGGAGCGGGUGUCGGAGUACGAGGUGGAGGUGCGGGCGGAGGACGGCGGGGCGCCGCCGCUGCGCGGCAGCCGCGGGGUGCGGGUGCCGGUGUCGGACGUGAACGACAACGCGCCGGCGUUCGCGCAGGCCGUGUACACGGUGCUGGCGCGGGAGAACAACGCGGCGGGCGCGGAGCUGGCGCGGCUGUGGGCGCGGGACGCGGACGAGGCGGGGAACGGGCGCGUGAGGUACUCGGUGGCGGAGGGCGUGGGCGGGGGCGCGGGGGCGGGCGGGGGGUGGCGGGCGGCGUCGAGCUACGUGUCGGUGGACGCGGAGAGCGGGCGCGUGUGGGCGCUGCGUCCGUUGGACUACGAGGAGGUGCAGGUGCUGGAGUUCGAGGUGCGGGCGGUGGACGCGGGGGAGCCGCCGCUGUGCGGCAACGCCACGGUGCAGCUCUUCGUGGUGGACGAGAACGACAACGCGCCGGCGCUGCUGCCGGCGCCGGGCGUCGGGCCGGGGCCCGGGGCGUCGGGCUGGUCGUCGUCGGGUCCGGUCUCGGGGGCGCUGUGGGCGUGGGCGGCGUGGGGGGCGCCGGCGGGGCAGGUGGUGGCGAAGAUCCGGGCGGUGGACGCGGACUCGGGCUACAACGCGUGGCUGCGCUACGAGCUGUGGGAGCCGCGGGGGAAGGGCCCGUUCCGCGUGGGGCUGUACAGCGGCGAGGUGAGCACGGCGCGGGCGCUGGAGGAGGCGGACGGCCCGCGGCAGAGGCUGGUGAUCGUGGUGCGGGACCACGGGGAGCCGGCGCGCUCGGCCACGGCCACGCUGAGCGUGUCGCUGGUGGAGGGCGCCGAGGCGGCGCUGGCGGCCGCGGGCUCGUCGUCGUCGUCGUCGUCGUCGUCGUCGGGAGCGGGGCUGCGGCCGGCGGCGGGCGCGGAGGGCGGCGCGGCGGCGGCUGCGGCGUCGGCGUCGGCGACGAACGUGUGGCUGGUGGUGGCCAUCUGCGCGGUGUCGAGCGUGUUCGUGCUGGCGGUGGUGCUGUACGGGGCGUCGCGGUGGUCGCCGCGGGCGGCCGUGGUGUCGGGGCCCGGGCCGGCGACGCUGGUGUGCGCCAGCGAAGUGGGGAGCUGGUCGUACUCGCAGCGCCAGAGCCGGAGCCUGUGCGUGGCGGACGGCGCGGGCAAGAGCGACCUGAUGGUUUUCAGCCCCAACUUCCCGCCGCCGCCCGGCCCCGCGGCGAAGGAGACGCAGCCGGAGCCGCCCGCUCUCCUGGACACGGUCAGUGGCCCUCCCUUUCUGGCCUCUCGCCCCUUCGCCCUUCUUCUCGGUCUCCCUCCGCCCUUCUUCGCGGUCUUCGUUCUGGCCCGCCGCCUGGGCAGGCGCUGGUGGGAGGCGGGGUGGGCGUUGGGCGUCGGGCAGGUGCGGUACUCGGUGCCGGAGGAAGCGAAGGCCGGGACGGUGGUGGGCCGGCUGGCGCAGGACCUGGGCCUGGAGGCGGGCGAGGCGGAGGCUUGGCGGCUGCGGCUGGUGGCGCAGGGCCGGCGGGCGAGCGUGGAGGUGAGCGGGGCGAGCGGGGCGCUGGUGGUGAGCUCGCGGCUGGACCGGGAGGAGCUGUGCGGGAAGAGCGCGCCGUGCGCCCUGCGGCUGGAGGUGCUGGUGGAGCGGCCGCUGCGCGUCUUCCACGUGGAGCUGGAGGUCACCGACAUCAACGACAACGCCCCGCUCUUCCCCGCCGCCCGGAAAAACCUCAGCAUGCGGAAUUCACCACGCUGCCGGCUCUCGGUUCCCGCUGGAGGGCGCGUCGGAUGCAGACAUCGGGCCAACGCGCAGCUCUCCUAUACACUCAGCCCCAGCGAGCAUUUCAGAGUAGAGAAGAAAACAGUAACUCGCGCAGUAAUCCUGUUUCUGGUGCUCGCGAAAUCUCUGGACCGCGAGACGAUCCUGUGCACCGGUUGUGUUACGGCGAGUGACGGGGGCCGGCCGUCGCUGACGGGCACGAUGGAGCUGGUGAUCUCGGUGCUGGACUUAAGCAUGACAAGGGGACACACCACCUCUACCGAGGCCAUCUGUGCAAGUGCACAAGUACAGGGCAUCAAGCACACAAAGAUUACGCCCACCCCUCAUCACAUCCGCUUACAAAUCCCGCCUGACGAGGAGCAAGGAACCAUCACGGCAACAUCAACGGAUGGGGAAGCUACUAUGGAUGCCCACCACUACACAAGGACAGCACGUUGA